UCUCAAGAGGGUCUGUAAAGGUUUUUUUUAAAGCACCCAGGAUUGCGUACAACACACAAUGUAGACAUUGUGCAGCAUGACCAGUUUACCACGAGCCGACUGACACAUAUUUAAAUAUUAUUGCCUCAAACAAUGUAUUUGUAAUAAAAAAGAGAAAUUGGGCAAGAUGGGGGAAAUGAAGAAAGAAGAUGUUGAAAAGUAUUUGGAAAACAAUCCUCAGUUCGCAAAGGAAUAUUUUGAUAAAAAGCUGAGAAGUGAAACGGUUGGUGCUUUAUUCAACAACAAAAAACUGGACAUAAAAGAUGACGUUUCAUUUCGAGACAUGACAAAGUUGGAGGAAGCAGACGUCUUGCUGGAGUUGAUGAUGGAAAUUCAAGAGUACAGCAACAUGGAGAUGCCCAUCCACAAAGUGCUCCAGAGGCUGGCGUUACUCUUACAUGCCGAUUGCUGUAGCAUGUUCACUUAUAGGUCCCGUAACGGCAUCCCAGAAAUGGCUACAAGGCUUUUCAAUGUCACAAAAAACUCUAAAUAUGAGGACAACUUGGUGAAUCCAGAAAGUGAAAUUGUUUUUCCAUUAGAUAUUGGAAUUGUGGGUUGGGUAGCCCACACAAAGAAGACUUUUAAUGUACCCGACGUUAGAAAGAACACUCAUUUUUCGGAUUUUGCGGACAAGCAGACUGGGUAUUCUACCAAGAAUUUAAUGGCCACCCCCAUUAUGCACGGCAAGGAAGUUCUAGCUGUUAUAAUGGUUUUGAAUAAACAGAACGAACCUACGUUUUCGAAACAGGAUGAAGAGGUUUUCGUCAAAUACCUGAAUUUUAUUUCCCUCGUCCUUAAAAACAAUCACGUAACAUAUCUUUACAAUGUGGAAUUAAGAAAGAGCCAGAUUCUUCUUUGGACAGCCAACAAAGUCUUUGAAGAGUUAACAGACAUAGAGAGACAGUUUCACAAAGCACUGUACACAGUCAGGGUGUAUCUGAAUUGUGAGCGAUAUUCUGUUGCUUUGUUGGACAUGACAAAAGAAAAGGAAUUUUUUGAUGAGUGGCCAAUCAAAAUGGGUGAAGUGGCACCUUACAAAGGACCAAAAACACCAGAUGGACGGGAAGUUAACUUUUACAAGAUUAUUGAUUAUAUUUUGCAUGGAAAAGAAGAAAUCAAAGUUAUCCCCACUCCUCCUGCAGAUCACUGGUCUCUUGUGAGUGGGCUCCCAACAUAUGUCGCUGAAAAUGGAUUUAUCUGCAACAUGAUGAAUGCCCCAGCUGAUGACUACUUCAAAUUCCAGAAAGAGGCUGUUGAUGAAACAGGCUGGGUUAUUAAAAAUGUUUUGUCGCUCCCCAUUGUAAACAAGAAAGAGGAGAUUGUGGGCGUAGCUACAUUCUACAACAGGAAAGAUGCAAAGCCCUUUGACGAAUACGAUGAGCAAAUUACAGAAGCCUUGACCCAGAUUCUGGGAUGGUCUGUAUUGAACACAGAUACAUAUGAGAAAAUGAAUAAACUUGAAAACCGAAAAGACAUUGCUCAGGAAAUGCUCAUGUACCAACUGAAAUGUACCCCAUUGGAACUACAAAGCAUCUUGAAAACAAAAGAAAAAUUGAAAAAAGAUGUUGAUGAAUGUGAAGAAAGUCAGCAGAUCAAGAUAAUAAAAGAGGAGCUGCCGGAUCCUGCCAAACUGGAGCUCUAUGAGUUCCACUUCAGUGACCUGCCCGUGUCCGAGCACGAGCUCAUCAAAAGUGGGAUACAAAUGUUUUUUGAGCUCAAAGCUGUUGACAAAUUUAAAGUUCCAGUGCAGGUCUUAACAAGAUGGAUGUAUACAGUACGGAAAGGGUAUCGUGACAUCACUUAUCACAACUGGCGACAUGGAUUUAAUGUGGGUCAAACCAUGUUUUCCUUGCUAAUGACAGGUAAACUAAAGAAAUAUUACUCAGACCUGGAAGCCUUUGCUAUGGUUGCUGCAGCCUUUUGCCAUGAUAUUGACCAUCGAGGUACCAAUAAUUUAUACCAGAUGAAAUCUCAAGCCCCUCUAGCAAAACUUCAUGGAUCAUCAAUUUUAGAAAGACACCACUUAGAAUUUAGUAAAACGUUGCUUGAAGAUGAGAGUUUAAAUAUUUUCCAGAACCUGAACAAGAGACAGUUUGAAAAUGUGAUUCACCUGUUUGAAAUCGCAAUUAUAGCAACUGAUCUAGCAUUGUAUUUCAAGAAAAGGACCAUGUUUCAGAAAAUUGUUGAUGCGGCAGAACAAAUGCAAUCAGAAGAAGAAGUUAUUAAGUAUAUUAUCACCGAUCCCACUAAGAAAGAAAUUAUCAUGGCCAUGAUGAUGACCGGUUGUGACUUGUCUGCUAUUACCAAACCCUGGGAGGUACAGAGUAAGGUUGCUCUCAUGGUUGCGAAUGAAUUCUGGGAGCAAGGUGAUCUUGAGAGAACAGUGCUUGAGCAACAGCCUAUUCCUAUGAUGGACAGAAACAAAGCGGAAGAACUGCCCAAACUUCAAGUGGGGUUUAUAGAUUUUGUUUGCACAUUUGUUUACAAGGAAUUUUCACGGUUUCAUAAAGAAAUCACGCCCAUGUAUGACGGACUUCAAAAUAACCGGGUUCACUGGAAAUCACAAGCUGAUGUUUACGAAGAAAAAAUGAAAGUUAUCGAAGAACAGAAAAAGCUGCAGGAAAAUUCUAACUGUACAAAAAACUGUAAGCAAGGAUUUUGGAGGAGACUGCGGAGGAGAAAAAUCAAAAACAUGUACAGUUUUGUAGACAACAACUCUGCAUUCCCAGCUGAAACGAGGAUGAGUUAUGCAACAAGAGAAUGUCCUCAAAUGACAACAUUGACAUAGGUUAAGAAGAUUUUAAAAUAUAGUGAUUAGUAAUGUUGUCUAAUUUAUAAAUAUAUAUAUUGGAUGUCUAUAAUAAAAUA